AUGAACGAACAUCGCGAAGUGGUCGAGGCGGCGUUCUCGUUUAUCGACGAGUUUACGGGAGACCUGUCAAUGGGGGUGCCCAGUUUUACAGACUCUGUUACUUCUGCGUCAUCUGCUGCGAGUCUCGACGAGCUCCUUGGGUUCGAUUACGAGGAGGAGACGCCCUUACUGCCUCUUAAUGACGAUGCAGUUCCAGCUAUGACUUUAAACGUUCAGACAACUCAGACGCGACUUGCCACGAGCCUGGAUUCAUCCAAGACAACGCAAGCAACCCGGUCACGGCAGAAAAAGAGACAAGGAACAUAUAAUCCGAACCACGCCCGGGAACAACAACGUAAAGAACUCCGCGUACUAAGGACGGAGGCGGCAGAUCUAGAAACGCAAGUAGCAGCGAUGCAGCAAGUGCGGCGAGCUGUCGUAAUACAGGAUGAGAACAAUUCGAGCCAUGCCAAGCAAUCACCUUUUGCUGACAUUGCUCGGACUGUGUGGAGGGCGGCAGCCCAGCAACAGAUUUCAGAGCGCAUGAAGGCGACCAGAGAAAACCGACGGCUCAAAGGGUUGGUUGCAUCGAACGCCGACAUCAUCUCCAAACUGCAAGCUCUACUGCACCAGUGCUCACUAGACAAGAGGUCAAGCUCGAUGCAUCCUAAAGCCAUCGAAUACCUUCGAGCGUACGACGCAGAAAUCUUCACCCAGGCUACUUUGAAUCAGCUAAUUGCAAGCACCGACGCAAGUUACCAGCAAGUUGACAAAGUUUUUAGUCGGUGCUGCGUGGAUCUGACCGCUCCUUCGUCGUGCACGGUGCCGGAGAUGCUGAUAAACGGCACGGGACACGUCUUUUCGCGCGUUUUUGGUACCAAAGUAUUCCCAUUUCCAACCAAACAAACAGGGCGAGCAGUUUGGGACGUCGUCUCCAAGCGUGUCCGUCCCUCUGCGCGAUGUCACUUCAACCAUUCUUUCAUACACGGCAAGCCAAGCGAUAUUUCAAAGAAGAGACUCGCGACGUGA